GUGUCUGCCCCUCUGCACGGCCGGCACAGCGCCUGCGGCUGCACACACACGCACACACAGACACGCACUCACCCCCGCCGGCUAUAAAUAAGUUAAGGAGCCGGGCAGAGGGCGAGCGGAGCGGGACCGGAGGCAGGGCCCGCCCCGCCGAGCCUCCCCGCGGCCCAGCCCGGCCCCCGGAGCCGCGGCCGCCAUGGCGUGCGCGGAGCGCGGCUGCCGCUGCUGCGCCGAGGGCCGGCGGCACAGCAGCAUCCUCUACAGCAUCCUCCGCAGCGAGGAGCGGGCCGUGCCGCCGGCCGGGCCCGCGCCCCGGGGCUGCCCGUGCGGGUCGCGGCGGCGGGUGGCCCUGCGGAGCCCGCAGGUGGCUUGCAAGGCGGCCUCGGCCGUGCUGGUGAAGACGCUGCGCUUCGUCCAGAACGUGCCCUGCUUCCAGGAGCUGCCGCUGGAGGAGCAGCUGCUGCUGGUCCGCAGCUGCUGGGCGCCCCUGCUGCUGCUGGGGCUGGCGCAGGACCGGGUGCACCUGGAGACGGUGGAGAGCGCGGAGCCCAGCAUGCUGCAGCGCAUCCUCACCGCCCGGCAGCACGGCGAGCAGCCGCGGGCACCGGCACCGGCACCGGCACCGGGCCGGCCGCACCACGGCCCGCACCUGCCCUCGGCCGGCGAGAUCCAGGCUAUCAAGGGCUUCCUGGCCAAGUGCUGGAGCCUGGACAUCAGCACCAAAGAGUACGCUUACCUCAAGGGGACGGUGCUCUUCAACCCGGAUCUACCUGGACUGCAGUGUACACAGUACAUUGAAGGAUUGCAGAGGGAAGCACAACAAGCUCUAAAUGAACAUGUCAGACUCAUUCACAGAGGUGAUGAAGCCAGAUUUGCCAAGCUGAAUGUUGUUCUCUCCUUGUUAAGAUCUAUUAAUGCUAAUGUGGUUGCUGAAUUAUUCUUCAGGCCCAUCAUUGGAGCAGUGAACAUGGAUGACAUGCUUUUGGAAAUGCUUUGUGCAAAAUUAUAAUUAAAAUUAUAAAGGUGUGUAAAAUAAUGACAAGAAGUCCAGUGCAAAGGAAGCCCCAGAGCAGGAUAGUGUAAAGUAUUGUAAAUAAACUAACUUAUUGUUUUUACAUAGAUAGUAUUUUUGUAUUCCAUAAUAAAAUAUUCUUCAAGUUCUGGAAGUAA